CCUCUUGAUUACACACCUCGACGACUUUGCCAGAGCAAGGAGCAUUGGAACUUGUCUUUUGGAAUCAUCUACCUGUUGUGCUGCACAUCUACAUCUUACUGACACUUAACUAGGUGAACAUGGGAAACAGUAUGUAUCUUUCAUCUACCUUUGUGGCAAUUCCUCAGUCCAGCCACAUUAGGAAUAUCCAAAUUUCUCUUCCAAUCGCCUUUGAAGAGUAUGAAGUUGAUUUGGAAUGGCUUGAAAUCUGUUUUUUUGGCAAAAGAUCUAUCUUGUGAACAAGAAUCUGGUGCUGAUCAGGAUGGGAUAGAGCUGAAUUCCAGAUCUGUUUUAAAAGGUAUGUGUCCUGUCCUAACAAUGUCAGAUGUGCCAACCAGCUGGCAUCCAGAAUCCUUCUCAUAAUUAUCAUUUUUAGGACCUCACAAUGCUCCACUGAGAGAACCCUUGCUCAUCACAAAGCCAUUGUUUGUGCCUAAUAUGACUGGGUCAUUUCGACGGGCAGCUUAUGGCCUGCCAAAUGAAGAUCCUAAGUCAGCACCUCGUGCUCUAAUAGGACCUGCUCCUAAAAAGAGCCAGCCCAAUGAUACCAUCAUCACUGCUUUGACUGAGACUGACAAGGAUGAAUCAUCAAUCAAGGUUCCAUUGCAGUUGGCUUAUGCUGGUGGAAAACCUGUGAUAUCAUCCUCCCUUGCUGACACUCCCUGUGCUAUCCUUGGUACUCAGGGCAUCUUAGAUAAAAUCAAUGCCACUCUUGGAACAACAUACACUUUGAACAUUCCAUCUCUCUCUUCUAUCCUUGAAGAGUAUAUCUCAAAUAACUAUGACUUUGGGACUGCAUAUAGCUAUCUUCGCUCAGUGUGGUUUACCAAUGACUGGAGCACUAUUCAAGAUACACUACACAUGCAGGAAGAGAAGGAUAAAGAAAGAAGACAAAAGGCAGUUGUUGAUGGCAAAAUUGUUGAUCCAUACAUGCCACCUCGAUGUGUCUGGGAUCUUUACAGCAAUCGUGUAGUGCCAUCAUGGAUUGCUAAAAAAAGACCUCUGCCCAUAUCACAUGCAUGGUUGGAUGAGGAGAAUCGGAUUGCAGUGUAUACUCCUAUUAAUGGGAAGGAGUGGCCUGUGCCAAUGCCAAAGAGUGCUGAUCUUCAUCUCAUUCGCAUUGAGAUGUUAAACCUGGAAGCUGAGUAUGUGUGGUUGGAUGUGCUCUGCUUAAGGCAGAACAGUAGCUUAGAUCAGCUGAAAGAGAAGCUGCGUACAGAUGAGUGGAAGCUGGAUGUACCAACUAUUGGAAAUGUGUAUGAUUACACAAUAGUGGUAAUUUACCUGAGUGGGCUUGGGCUGCCUUUCAGUUUGAAGGAGGGUGACUUUGAAAGUGAGCGGUGUUGGUUUCAGCGUGCAUGGACACUACAGGAGAUUGGAUUAAAAAGGAUUAUUGCUGGAGAUAUGCCUUCUGGACCUCUACAUGUGUGUCCAGUGCAUGGGAGCCAAGACUAUAAAGGAGAAAUACUGAUGCAGUUUCAAAAAGAGCUUGAGUUAGUGCAUAAUAUCAUGUGGUCACCAACAGGAAGAUCAUGGGGUAAUCUUUUCACAAUUCUUGCUGAGAUGCAAAAGCGAAAAUCAACAAAUUCUAUAGAUAAAAUUGCAGGACUAUCAUUCCUUUGUUGGUCAGAGAAAAUACCAGCAUACUAUGAAAAUCAGUCUGUGGAAGAUGCAUGGACAGCACUAGUCAAUGUAAUGGCUAUGGAAAAGCUGAGGAGAAUUCCAGGAAAUUCAGAUAUUAUGACAUAUUUUCCACCUGCAGAUGUCUCAAAUGAGAUGUGUGUUUGGUGGGAUGAAAAAUGGGAUGUGGACUGGCGCUAUGGACCCUGUAUUGAAAAGGGGUUUGUGCAGGGGUUAGCUGUGCAAGAUGAGGAAAUAGUUAAUCGAUAUGGAAAGCUGAUUGUUAAAGAUAAAAAAGAGAAAGAACAUACAUUUAAAAUCAUUGCAUCUCACAAUUAUCUUAUACCUGAAAACACAUAUGUACUACUUGGUACUCGGCUGAAUCAUGAGCUGGAUCUUGAGUGUUCAGUGCAACAUUGGGCUAUUGGACAUAGAGUGCCAUCUACUAAACAGUUUGAGAAAGUGUCAGUAUUUAAAAUGGCUGAUAAAGAAGCAUGGAGAUUAAAACAUCUGAAUGUUACUAAAGACUGUGAUAUUGUUUUUAUUUGAGGUGAACAUACAUUGUGUAGUAGCUUUAAAGUACUAUUUUCAAGUUAAGUAGCUAUUAAAUCUAUUACUCACUAUAUAAUAUAGUGAAAAUGUAAAAAUUGUAUUAUAAAUCCAACAUCUACUGAUAUAUCUGCCAGGUGAAUAGUCUAGAAAUUUGCUAUUAUAUUUAUUAUAAGAAAGAAU